GGUUGAUUUCACCUUUCUUCUUGUUUAUUUCUUUCUCUCUCUAGGAUCCUCGUGUUCCGUUGCGCAUGUCCGUCGGUUUGGCAUCCAUCAGCCUCGCCGAGGUGCGCGCGGUGCAGGACGGCGUCGCACAUGACGUGCGCGAGGACGGCCGCACGCUGCUGCAGCGCCGCCCUGUGCACGUCAUCCCCCGCUCGAGCCCCUCCGCCUCCGCCGCCACCGGGAAGGUCGAUGACGGCACGAGCGUGGGUGGCGAGGCGCAUGCGGGAUACAACGGCAGCUACGUCGAGGUGAACGCGAGUGGCACGGUGGUGCUGGCAGCCGCGACGCCCUCCGUCGUGGACGGCUGCGGCACCACUACCUCGUCCUCUUAUCGUAGACAUGGCGAUGACUCCAACGCGGAGGAUGUCGCUGCUGCGGGUGCUGGCGUAGCAGACAAUGACGCCGGCCGCGGUCAGCUGCACAUCACCAUCGAUGCCGUCCCGCACGUCUUGGACGCCUACGCGAGCGCGGUGGGUGGCCGCAACGUGAGUCGCUACCGACGCGACUACUUAGCCUUCCUCGCCUCCACCAUUCGGCAGGUCUUUGGCGCGGCGCAGGUGCAGGUGCAGGAACAGCAGGGCGUUGCGGAGGCGGAGGUGUUGCCGGAGGAGGACGAAGGAGGGAAUGAAGAGGCGGCGGGCGGGGGUGGGGCGGCAGCGGUGACCUCGUCUUCCUCUGGCGCUGCUGCUGCUAGGGACAGCGGGGAGGCCAAUCUGUCCAGCGGCUUCCCUGCAGAAGAACUCUACAUUGGCGAGGGCUUUGGGUUUUUGAUUCACGUGGACGUGCACGUGCUGCAGUGCUCGGGUGGCAACCUUUUCACCUCCAUCGCCUACGCCGUCCACGCCGCCCUGCGCGCUCUCCAGCUGCCCGCUGUCACGCUCCACCGGGCGCCGGGCGAUGGGGCGGGGGUGUCGGUCGAGGUGGACCGCGCCCAGCCCUACCGCAAGCCCGUGUCGUGGGCGCAGCUGCCCCUGCUGUGUGUGCUGUUGGUGUCCCCUACGGGUCACUACGUGGUGGACCCGACGCUGCGGGAGGAGUGGGCGUUGCCGCAGCAGGUCCACGUGGCGGCAGGGGUAGACGGGCAGGUGUUUUACUUCCGCUAUCAGCAGCUGCCGUCGCGUCGUGGCAGCAGCUAUCGCCUGCACGAGGCGGUCAAGGCGGACACGGCGGCAGCGUGUGCGGCCUACGUCGCCCCGCCCUCGGCGUUGAGCCUCAACGAUUGCUGGGCGGUGCUGUCCGACUCAGUGUACGUUUGCCAGGCGAUGAUUCAUGACUGUGAAGAGGCACUACAGGGGCAGAGAGACCUUCAUUAG